UAGCUUUAGUUCAUUAGUUGUUUGUGCUUCACUAGUCAUCUAAACAAAACCAAACACCUUUCCUUUGGCCUCUCCUCCUUUUAUCUUUUAUAUCAAUCCUCAUCUUCAAUAACACCACUCUCAAAACAAAUGAGAAACUUAUUCCCCAUAUUUAUGUUAAUCACCAAUCUAGCAUUCAACGACAACAACAACAGUAAUAAUAUCAUCAACACGACCUGCAGAGCCACCACAAACUACCCCUUGUGCCUCACCACCCUCCACUCUGAUCCCCGUACCUCCGAGGCCGAGGGGGCGGACCUCACCACCCUCGGCCUCGUCAUGGUAGAUGCGGUAAAAUUAAAGUCCAUCGAAAUAAUGAAAAGUAUAAAAAAACUCGAAAAAUCGAACCCCGAGUUGAGACUACCUCUUAGCCAAUGUUACAUAGUGUAUUAUGCUGUUCUACAUGCUGAUGUAACUGUUGCUGUUGAAGCUUUAAAAAGAGGAGUCCCUAAAUUUGCUGAAAAUGGAAUGGUUGAUGUUGCUGUAGAAGCAGAAACUUGUGAGUUUAGUUUUAAGUAUAAUGGAUUGGUUUCUCCAGUUUCUGAUAUGAAUAAGGAGAUUAUUGAACUGUCUUCUGUGGCUAAAUCUAUUAUUAGAAUGCUAUUAUGAGGAAAUUAAAGAACCAAAGAUACAAGGUUCUGGUUAUGUUAGUUUAUUAGUGCUGUAAUAGGAUUUUUAUAUUCCUGUGUUUUUUUUGCUUUUUUUAUUUCAUUUGGGUGCUUGUGUGUAUAUGUGAAAAUGAGUGUGAAUUAUGUCAAACAUAAACAUAGAUUAGAAAUUACUCCUGCAUAAUUAUGUACAGUUUUUUAUAUUUAAGUGUAUUUAUCUCUUUUCUUUGA